GAUCUGGAGCGGCUAUUAUCUCAUCCUACAGGAUCAGUGAGUCACCGAGCUCUUCUCACCUUUGCGAUGACGAGACAAGAUCAUAUGGGCUGAGCAGAAGAGCUUGAAGCAUUCCUCUCUGUAGUUCUGUCCCUCUUCCUCACACAAGAAGUCGAGAAUGGAGAGCUUCGAAUCUGACGCCUUCACCAACCGCGUUCAGGCCUUGAUGAACCAACAUCAUGUGCCUGGAGUCUCGAUCGCGUUGGUGCAGAAUGAUCAAAUCGCAAGCCGAGGCUAUGGCAGUGCAUGCCUUGACCCGCCAAUUCCAUGCACGCCAGACACGCUGUUUGACAUAGCGUCGUCCUCCAAAUCAUUGACAGCCGGAUGUGUUGGCUUGCUCGUCGAUGAUGAUGAACGAUAUCCUGAAAUCCGCUGGGACACCAUUCUAUCGGAGCUUCUCCCAGAAGAUUUCGUGAUGCCCGGUGUUGGAUAUACUGAAGGUGUCACCAUUGAGGACAUCUUGAGCCAUAGAAGCGGAAUGCCUUCUCACGACAGCUCUUACAUGGGUCCACGAGCGGUUUACCCUGACGACGCACGGUCUGUGACGAGAAAUCUGCGAAACCUGCCGGUCGCUGCACCUAUACGGUCAAAGUACAUGUACUGCAAUAUGAUGUACACGGUCGCAUCGCAUCUGGUUGAAGUGAAAAGCCGGCAAAGCUUUUCCGACUUUCUACAAGAUCGCAUAUUUGAGCCGUUGAAUAUGCCGUCGACGAGCUUGCAGCCUUCAAGGGCACGAGGCAAGGGCCAUGGUCCUCGUAUCGCAAUGGGGUAUCAGUGGAACAAAACAAAAUCUACAUAUACUGAGCAUGAGAGUCCAGAUUGCCCGGAAGGUCAAGGGGCAGGCUCGAUCAUCACCAGUACCAAUGAUUUCAUCAAAUGGGUAAAAGCCCUCAUCGACCACGAAACGCCAAUCACUCCCCGUUUGUACCAAGGUCUUGUUAGAUUGCGUACCUUUACGAAUCCGGGCAUGCAAAGACUCAAAAAGCAUACAUCUCCCAAAGCCUACGCCGCAGGGCUCGAAGUGUACUUUUAUCGCGGCGCUAUGGUAAUAGGUCACGAAGGAUGCAUUGAUGGCUUUGCGAGUCGUUUCUUCUUUUUGCCUGAUUUCAGGUUCGGCGCUGUUAUACUUACCAAUUCGGACGACGGCACAGGACUGACCACCAUCUUGGCUCGAGAACUAAUUGAUAGCCUACUAGGCUUUGGCGGCAGUAAUCUUCCUGGCACGUCACGGCUUCCGACACGAAGCAAACCAAAGAAGACCCAAAAGCCAAAAUCCGCUACCACAACCGAGACUUUAACCACAACGGACGGUACCAACCAGAUUGAGAAUGACUCAGAGAGCGAUCAUGUAAGCGAUACUACCACUCAAGAUAUGUCCAACCCUGAUCCUGCAUCGACACCCAAACCCUCCGAGUCACCGAUGGAGCAGCUUCAUGCCCUCAGGGGCGAAUACACCAACCCGGGCUAUCACACCUUUGUCGUGCAGGUAAAAGACAGUAAAGUCUUUAUCGACGCUUCCGAUCGCUCGACUGGGUUCUUUCUCACCUUUGAUCAUAUUAGGGAUCAAACAGAGUAUGUCGCUCACUUCCACCCGUCCUUGGAUGAGGAUAGCUUCGAGGAUAUACGAGCUGAAUUCGUUUGGGAGAAUGGUAGAGCCGUGAGAAUGGGGCUUCACAUGGAGCCUGUAUUAAAAGAGCUGAUCUGGUUCGAACGAGUGGAUUAAAGGCAUGAGCCUUUUGAUACGGGGAGAAGAAUGCGCAUCUAUUUCGUCCAAGCAUGUACCCAGAAAGACAACAGACCACGUUUGCACCAAUGCUAAAAUAUCUGAAGCGCUUUCCAAUUUUCUCUUGAAGUUUAAGAUGGCUUUGAAGAUCCUCAUCACUACGCUGAGUAAUCACAUCUGGACAAGGCUAUCCCACUGCGACCUACCCCUGCAAGCGCAAACUACUUUAUCAUUUCUCUCCAAUUGGCAGUCAUUUUCCCUUAUCGACCAAGCUGCAGGAUCGAUGCAUCAUCGUCG